AUGGCACCCAAGCAAUCUUUCAAAGUACACUCUUUGAACCGGCUCAUCGAGGAUACGAACAAAGGCCUCAGUGCUGAAGCCCACUACAACAAGCGGCGCGCCAAUAAGUCGACAGCUUCGAUCAAGAAGGAACCUGGCGCCAUUGAUAGGGCCAUCUUUGGCAACAACUCCGAGGACGAUGAGAGCGACGGUAGCAGCAGUGGAAGCAGUGACGAAGACGGCUCCGACUUUUUGCAGAAGCUUCAAGCUACAAAAACAUCCACUGCUAUAGCUCCCGUGAGGCCCGCCAAGAAGCCCUCCAAGAAAGACGAGAUAGCCGACAGCGACUAUGAGCGCCAGUCAAACUUCAAGAAGGCCGCGCCCGUCAAAUCAAAGCAACCUGGGCAGCCCAAGACUUCUUCAUCGGAUGACUCGAGCAGUGAAUCCGAGUCUGAGUCUGAGCCUGGGCUGAAGUCAACCCAAGGUGAACAGAAAGUGAGAGCAAACGGAGCGCCCUUGAAAAUCGUUGCUCCCUCCAGCUCAUCCAGCUCCGACUCCAGCUCCGGUUCCGAUUCAGCAGAGGACGAAGGGGCUACAAGCAGCAGUGAUGAUUCGCGAGCUAAGAAAGCCGCUGUGACAAAAAGCAAAGACACAAUGUCUUCGGACGAAGAGUCUGGCAAUAGUGCCAGUGAUUCUGACAGUGGUAACGAAAGCGAACCAGCACUUUCUACGAAAUCCAAGCCGGGGACAACGUCCGCCAAUGGCACUUCGACAAAUACCACCUCGGAGACAAGCUCCAGCGAUGAAGGUACCGAGAACCAGAACGAGACGGUCACCGAGACAAAACCAAUCGCUACGGGGAAGCCAGCUCCCGAUAAGCCGUCAGAUAAUUCUUCAUCUGAAGACUCGAGCGAGGAGGACGCGGACGUGUCCAUGCAUAUUGCUGAUCGUGAACGUGGUCAUCAGGCAACUCUUCCAGAUUUUAUCGCUCCGGACUUUGUCCUGCGCAAAAGUGACGACGGGGCCAACGGACAGGACGUCGCUCGCAUUUGCAACCAGGCCAAUUUGCAAGGAAAACAAGUUUGGUACUUCACAGUGCCAGCCAACGUGCCCAUCUCGGUUGUACAGAAUAUGGAGAUUCCUAUGAACCAAUCUCAAACGGGAAAUAGCAUCUUCUCACACGGUGGCGAAGAUUAUGGCAUUUCUGUCGACAGCAUGACUCCAAAAAGCUCUAUCCAAAUUCUAAUCCCUUCUUCUGACGGAGCUCGAUAUCAAUCCGGUAAGACUUCUUUGAGGUAUCGCUGUUCUUGUCCUGCAGGCAUGGCUAACCGAUGUUUCUGUUCAGCCUCCCGAUCAAUCGAUCAAGUACUGCAAGUUAAAAAAAUCACUCAACUUGGUCAAGCUUCCGCGACGGCGUCUUCCGUGGGCCCAGCUCCGAAGCCACCGCCUCGACAACAACCAGAGGGUCUAAAAGCCCGAUACAAACCCUUUGGGGUCAACAGUCCCAUGGGUCAGAUUGGUGUGGAUCUAUCCUUCGAGGUGGAAAAUGACACAGAGAUGGCAGGUGCUCCCGCCCAGGGCAGCACGCAGAGCAAGUCGGACAAGAAGGAGAAGAGGAAGAAUCAGAAGGGAAAGGGGCAGUCUGAGGCUCCAAGCAAGGGCAAAAGAAAGCACAUCUCUUCUGAGGACGACGCGGUCGCUGCAGCAGAACAGCUUAUGGAGGAGAAUCUGUCGGCAGAAACCAAGUCCAAGAAGCAGAAGACUGAGCGCUCUGGGAGUCCAGAUCUCGGAUCGGACGCGCCGUCGUCGUCGGCUGUCUCGAAGAAACAGAGGCUUUUCGUCCCCCCGGCCAUUCCGGCAUCAACGCCGUCGUCCAAGUCCAAGUCGAGCAAGUCCAAGCCCGAGACGCCGGCGUCAAAGCCACGUGAAACGGCAGUUCCUGUCCCCCAAAUCCCGGGCUCCGCCCAACCCAAGGUUUCCCCCGUCCCGAUCCCUCAACCUGGCGUGACGUCCACGCCGCUCACGAGCAAAUCCGCCAAGAAGUCGAAGAAGAAGACGAAAACGCCGGAUGUCACAGCAGAAACACAGAGUCCAACAUCAAGCACACAGCCUGCAGGCAAAACCAGCAGGAACAAGGUGACUCCUGUACCAAUGCCAAAGCUCCACACGACAGGUUAG